GACGGCGCGCACGGCCUGGCGGACGCGCCCCUCGGCCUCCCGGGGCUGGCCGCGCCGCCCGGCCUGGAGGACAUACAGGCCAUGGAUGAACCGGGAAUGAGCCUCCUGGACCAGUCUGUGAUCAAGAAAGUCCCCAUGCCCUCCAAAGCCAGCUGCCUGUCAGCCCUCUCGUUGGCCAAAGACGGCUUGGUUGGCGGCAUCACCAACCCCAGUGAAGUCUUCUGCUCCGUGCCUGGCCGGCUCUCGUUACUCAGCUCAACGUCCAAGUACAAGGUGACGGUGGGGGAGGUGCAGCGGCGACUCUCACCUCCUGAGUGCCUCAAUGCCUCCCUCCUGGGUGGUGUCCUCCGCAGGGCCAAGUCCAAGAAUGGGGGCAGGUGCCUGCGGGAACGACUGGAGAAGAUUGGGCUCAACCUACCAGCAGGCCGACGGAAGGCCGCCAACGUGACACUGUUGACUUCACUGGUGGAGGGAGAGGCCGUGCACCUGGCCAGAGACUUCGGCUAUGUCUGUGAGACUGAGUUCCCAGCCAAGGCAGCCGCUGAGUACCUGUGCCGACAGCAUGCUGACCCUGGGGAGCUGCACAGCCGCAAGAGCAUGCUGCUGGCUGCCAAGCAGAUCUGCAAAGAGUUUGCAGACUUGAUGGCUCAAGACCGCUCCCCACUGGGCAACAGCCGCCCCGCACUCAUCCUGGAGCCCGGGGUGCAGAGCUGCCUGACACAUUUCAGCCUCAUCACCCACGGCUUCGGCGGGCCCGCCAUCUGCGCUGCCCUCACAGCCUUCCAGAACUACCUGCUGGAGUCACUCAAGGGGGUGGACAAGAUGUUUCUAAGCAGCGCAGGCAGUGGGCAUGGUGAGACCAAGACUUCAGAGAAGGACGCCAAGCAUCGGAAAUAA